GUUGAAUACUGAUUUUUGCAUCGCAUCCUGGGGUCACUUGGAAGAGAGAACCAAGUCUAGAUUACCUCUUACGUGGCAUAACAGCCUUAGACAUUCGCUGUUCUUGAUCAGUAGACACCCCCACCAUCUUUAAUCCCGUCGGAUAUUCUUAUCCGCUCGCACACCGACACAUCAACCCGACAUCUCUCGUUGACUCCGAUCGUCUGAUCGCCCCUCAUUCUCCCAAACAACCCCCUUUCCCAUCAAUUGAUGUACUAUCAGAACUCCGGUUAUUCUCAGGGCUGGUCGGGGGGUUACCCGCCUCCUUCUCAUCAAGGGAGCUGGGGACCGCCGCCUCCUCACCACCAACAAUAUCCCCCUAGUCCACAGUACUAUCCUCCCCCAGGACCUCCUCCGAGCCAUCAGUACUCUCCGCCUCCGGGACCUCCCCCAGGACAUCAAUAUCCUCCGCCGUCCGGACCUCCUCCGUCGCACUACUACUCCUCGUCGGGGGGUUACCCAGCCUACCCAUCUCCGGCCCCAUCCCCCUAUGGCUAUCCUCACACCCCGACUCCCCCUCCCCAGUCCUCGUCACCAGGCCAUACACGAUCCUAUCACAGUCACUCCCAAUCAUGGGGCUCCCUCCCACCCCGUCCCCCGCAAGAGGCACAGCAAUUCGGCAAGGGCGCGCCGUCCAACUACCGAUUCCAGUACUCGAACUGCACAGGACGUCGGAAGGCACUUCUGAUUGGAAUUAACUAUAUCGGCCAACCGAACGCGCUACGCGGCUGCAUCAACGACGUGACCAACAUGUCGACCUUUCUGAACGAGAAAUUCGGCUACCGCCGCGAGGACAUGGUCAUCUUGACGGAUGACCAGGAGAACCCGAUGAGCCUGCCCACCAAAACCAACAUCCUUCGGGCCAUGCAAUGGCUAGUCAAGGAUGCGCAACCGAACGAUUCGCUCUUCAUUCACUUCUCCGGCCACGGAGGGCGCACCCCCGACCUCGACGGCGACGAAGAAGACGGCUACGACGACGUAAUCUACCCCCUCGACUACCGCACAGCAGGCCACAUCGUCGACGACGACAUGCACGACAUCAUGGUCCGCCCCCUCCGCCCCGGCGUCCGUUUAACCGCAAUCUUCGACUCCUGCCACUCCGGCACAGCACUGGACCUCCCCUACGUCUACUCAACCCAAGGCAUCCUAAAGGAGCCCAACCUCGCCAAAGAAGCCGCAAUGGACCUAUUCAGCGCCUUCCAGUCCUACGGCAAGGGCGACCUCAGCAGCGUCGCGCAGACGGCCAUCGGGUUCUUCAAGAAGGCCGCCAACGGCGACACCGCGCGCCAGCGCACGAUGCAGACCAAGACCUCGCCUGCGGAUGUGGUGAUGUUUUCGGGAUCGAAGGAUACGCAGACUUCGGCCGACACAUUCCAAGACGGCGAGGCGCGCGGCGCGCUGAGCUGGGCGUUCAUUAAGACGCUGCAGCAGCGGCCGAAUCAGAGUUAUCUGCAGCUGUUGAAUUCGAUCCGCUCUGAGUUGGAGGGCAAGUAUACGCAGAAGCCGCAGUUGAGUUGUAGUCAUCCUCUUGAUACCAAUUUGCUUUUUGUGAUGUGAGGUUUCUCUUUCCUGAGAGUUGAGUAUAAGUUGGAGUAGCGUAUAGUAUAUUGUUAGCGAGGGUAUUUUUAUUUAUACUUAUAUAUUCUGAUGAGCGCGCGAGCAGUGAGGUUGGAUUGACUGUCUAAAAGCAAAGCAAUCCAAGCGUCCUCGCUACGGUUCUACCAUCAACU